AUGGCCAGUCUACAGUCCAUAAUCUGUGGGCCAAACAUUGACAUCCGUAAUGACAUCACAGAGUUGCAGCGGUUGGAUAACUGCACGGUGGUAGAAGGCUACCUACAGAUCCUGCUAAUCUCCAACACCAACCUGGAAGACCUCCGCUCGCUCAGCUUCCCCAAACUCACGCUCAUUACAGACUUCUUGCUGCUGUUCCGGGUGUCGGGCCUUACCUCCCUCAGUACCCUGUUCCCCAACCUCACAGUCAUCCGUGGACGCAAUCUCUUCUACAACUAUGCUCUCGUCAUCUACGAGAUGACAAGUCUGAAGGAUAUUGGCCUCUACAACCUACGCAACAUCACCCGAGGAGCCAUCCGUGUUGAGAAGAAUAAUGAGCUCUGCUAUCUGGACUCUGUGGACUGGUCGCAAAUCAUGGAAGAGGAGAGCAAUAACAUUAUCAAUGGAAAUAAGGAGGCCAAGGAGUGUGACAAUGUGUGUCCUGGCGUCAUGGAGGACAACCCCAUGUGCAGGAGGACUGACUUUAAUCACAACUUUAACUACCGCUGCUGGACGUCCAACCACUGCCAGAAAGGGGAGGAAGCAGAGGCUGAUGGGCUUCAGUCUGACAGCUGUCUGUCUGUGCUUUGUCCUCGGUGUGUGGCUGGAGACUAG